UUUUCUCACUUAUCGUCUCGGUCAAAUAAUCGUCUGUGCACUGCGGCAUUUUCCCAAAACGGUACGUUUUGUUCGACUCGAAAGUAUUCGUCCAUUCCCGCAACGUUAAAACCGAUUACAAUGUUUCCUUCGGUGGUGCGCGCCUUAUCCCGCGGAGUCGUGGCUGUUGGACGACAGUCGGCAAUGAAACCGAUCACGGCGGUUUCUGCGAGAUUCAUGUCGGAACACAAAGAAGAGACGGACGAAGAGUUCUACUCGAGGUAUGAAUCGUUCUUCAACCGCAGUGACAUUGACGGAUGGGAAGCGAGGAAAGCGAUGAAUGAUCUGGCGGGUCAAGAUGCGAUAGCCGAACCCAAAGUGAUUGUUGCUGCCCUGAAAGCUUGUCGCCGUCUCAACGAUUAUGCCUUGGCAAUUAGGUUUCUAGAAAGCGUGCGAAUCAAAAGUGAAAUCGAUAAAAGCAUCUAUCCUUACAUCUUGCAAGAAAUCUCACCAUGCCUUCAAGAAUUAGGUAUAGACACACCCGAAGCUCUUGGAUAUGACAAACCAGAAUUAGCAUUGGAUGAUGUUGAUCACAUUUAUUAAUAAUUAUUAAUAUAUUUCUGUAAUCACUGGUAUUCCCUGUUCCAGUUAAAAUGUAUGUUAGAAAAAUAUUGUUAAUAUGUAUUGAAAAAAAAAAUAAUAAUAAAAACAUUUAACACUCA